AUGGCCAUUUAUGGGGAUUAUUUGUUUACGGAAUCAAACUUCAAGGAGGCUGGCUUAGCACUUGAUUCAUAUAAAAAUUGUGGGUCAUGGCGCGAAGCUUUUGCUAUCGCUCAAGAGUUAAAUAGUUCAUCAGAUUCUUUAUUUAGUUUGGCCAAAAGUCUUGCAGAUUUAAUUGAAACUAACAUUAAGCCAAGUGUAAUUGAAGGUAUAACUAAUUAUACAUUAUUUACAAUCUUUCAUCGCAUUAAAAACAUUGCAUAUGCUAUGACAUUUAAUAUAGGUCAUACUCAGCUGCUUCAAGAUGUGAAUUCAAUGUUAGAUCAAUUAAAUCAUCAAACCAAAAGGCUAAAAGAAAUUAGAGCCAAUAAAGCUAACCAAUUAAAUCAAAGCGAAGAAUCAAUUGAAAAUGCUGAUGUAUUUUCGGAUACAAGUUCCAUGGCUAGUGGAUUUACGCGUUAUUCACAGUCAAAUACUCAAUUAAUUCCAUUUGUACUCAUAACCAUAAAUAUGUCAUUUCGUACGAACGUUUACAGCAAAAGUGCGAAAAGUCGUAGACGGCAAGAAAGAAAGAAAGCCCGUGGCAAAAAAGGAAGUAUAUACGAAGAGGGGUAUCUUCUUGACUCUUUGAAAAGAUUGAUUGAAAGGUUUAAUACAACUCAAGCACAACAAAUUCAAGUUCUGUUUAGUGAUUUAGAAGAAAGAAUUAAAAAUGAUCUUGAUGAAAUAUUUGAUACGCCGACAAAUAAUUUGCCUGCUUUUGAG